GCCCCGCGUGCGCCGCCCUCCCGCGAGGACGCGGCCUCCCCCAGCUGCGGCAGCCCCGGCGCGGAGCGUGUCCCGGCUCCCCUGCGCCGCGGUCCAGCGCCCGCGCCCGGCCGCGGAGCAGCUUCCGAUGCGCCGCUGACCGCCCGGGGUCCGCCCGCAGUUCAGGGUUCCAUCUGCGCGGACUGUCCCCGCGCCCGGCCUUGUGCCCCCGGACCCCGUGGCGCUCCCGGACCGGGUGGCGGAGCGGCUGCGGCUCGGGGACCCGGCGAGCCUGACUCCGUGCGGAGAGCGCGGCGCCCUCCAGGCCGUGUCGCGGGAGGAGCCUCCCGGCUGGGGCUGGCCGAGUGGGGAGCCUCCCGGCUCCUCUGCUCCCCUGCAGUCGCCCUUCUUGCUUUGCGCCGGUGUUUUCCAGGAGCUGGAAGCUCAAUCUCGGGGCUCCGUGGCGCGUGGAAGACGGAGAAGCAUAACGUUCCGCCAGAGCCUUCUUGACUCCCGCUCCCUUCCGUCCUGCAAACUUAAAUGUCAGAUUUAUGCUACAGCUUACUAAGGUGCCUGCAGACCCAGGAGCAUGAGCAGAGGGCCCCGAGCUGCCCGCCGCUGAGAGAUGGAAGGAAGCAGCUCCUGCGAGGUGCCCCCGGGGGCGGCUGGUCCGGAGAGCCCCGCUGCUCCAGCUAGGGGCCCCCCUGCUCCCCCGUCCAGAGAGGGUCACGAGGGAGCUCAGGGGGUCAUCUUUUCUUCCUCGUCGGUUUUAGACUUGAGUCAAAGUGAUCUUCACCACUUAGGAGCGAUCUUUAAAAUUCCCAGCCUCGAACAACUGCAUCUUCAGAGAAAUGCCCUCUGCGAGCUCCCUACAGAUUUCUUCCAGUUGCUGCCAAGCCUCACUUGGCUGGACCUCCGCUGUAACAGAAUUAAAGCACUUCCUUCUGGGAUUGGGUCUCACAAGCAUUUGAAAACUUUGCUUUUGGAAAGAAAUCCUAUCAAAAUGUUGCCUGUGGAGCUGGGGAAUGUGACCUCGCUGAAAGCACUGAACCUGAGACACUGCCCGCUGGAGUUCCCCGCUCCGCCCGUGGUGCAGAAGGGACUGUGUGCGAUCCUGGCCUAUCUGCAGAUCUGUGCUGCCCAGAACUCUGCCCUCCAAGAUUUAACUUCUCAAGUGAUUUCGCCGCUUACAACGAUGAACCCAAGUGAGCUGCUGCAGCCCUCAUUGUAUUUAUCUGAGGAGGAAACUGUGCCCCACAAAGACGCCCUUCGUUCCCGGGAGGCGUCCUUUUUCCCGCCUGUCGAGAAGCUAGACCUGAGUGAGCUGCGGAGGUCUGCCGACUCCUCGGACGACGGGCCGGGCGAGGAGGAGAUCAAGCGCUUCUGGAAGCUGAGGCAGGAGAUCGUCGAGCAGGAGCGAGCGGAACUGCUUGGAAACCAGCUCUUACCGCUGGAGCUGCCCCCAAACCUCAGGGCCGUGUUAAACACGAAGGAGAAAGAGCGUUCCAGCCCGAGACACGUGCUCAGCAGGGGAAGCAUCGGGGCGAGUGUGCAUCGUCGGGGCUGGGACUGUAGGAAGAAGCUGCCCUCCGUCACGCGUGUCCUGCCGGCCCUGGCACCAUCGCUGCAGCGCGCCGGGCUUCCCACCAGGAGGCCCCAAGAGACCAGGACUGCGGCCAUCCGUGAGCACCCGGAGAAGCAGGUGGCGACGGGGCAGCGGAGACGGUGAGUGCUUGUCCGCGCGGCCUUGCGGGAGCACGCCCGGACCAGGAGGACGGCGGAGGAGGACGCCCGGACCAGGAGGACGGCGGAGGAGGCGCCGAGGGAGCCCCUGCCUCCGUGGCAGAGUCUGGUGGGCUCAAAGAUUCCCUUUGCCGUGGACUUGAUAGAUAAUGAGAAGAUGCCAGCAAAUCCAUCUGGAAAAAUGAGGUCAAGCAAAGAGAAGUCAUCAAAAGCAAGUAAAGACAAGAGCGCCCUCCGAGAGGGGGGUCCGGAAGAAAACCUGAAACCGCAGACUCAGAAGGCACAGAAGCGCAGAGGACGGUUUCAGGGGAUGGAGCGCCUCGAGGGAAUCGGGCCGGCCGCACGGGAUCGGGAGGCUGCUAGAAAGCUGCAGGACGAAGCGAGGCACGUGAGCCUGGGGCCGACUUGGACGCGAAGCCGCCGGCUGGGCGCUCUCGCCGGACACCGGCCACUCUGGCCGCCUGCCUCCCAGCCUUGCGGUUCCUGGUGUGAACUGAAGUAGUCUGCGUCCGAGGACCCCGACAGACACUUGUGCCGGAACCUUCAGUCCCCAGAAGCUG